AGGCUAUCUACCUGUCGCUGCCAAUGGCGAAAGCCGCAUCUUGCUACUUUCCAGAUGGAACAUUUGCCGAAUUUGACUCGCCAUGUUUUCCGGACCAAGCAUCAAGCAUCUGUUGUGGGCAAGGGCACACCUGCAUGUCAAAUAAUCUUUGUCGCUGGCCUGACUCGCAGAUGCCAUAUCCAUUGGCCUAUAUCCGGGGAAGCUGCACCGAUUCAAGCUGGAACAGUGCAGAUUGCGGGAAUGUUUGCAAAACCGUAUUUCCAUCACAGUGGGACCCUAUAGUUGCCUGCCCUGAUGCCCAGUUCUGCUGCGAGCUCGACUCAUACAGCCCUUCUUCAUGCUGCAACCUAACAAACACCACUGCACACCCUCUCUAUGCCCUCGCCGCUGCGUCAACAGUGACGGUUAUUGGUCGUUCCUCGCCUACAAGAUCUCCUUCCAUAUCAGUCUCGCUCACGACCGUAAUAUCGACUCCUGAACCUACGAACCCUAACAAUAAUAAUGGCAAUGGCGGUGGAAGUGGCAAAACAGGAACGAAAAUCGGGAUUGGAGCGGGUGUGGGAGGAGGUGCUCUCUUGAUUCUAGCUGGUAUCGCUUUGCUGUUUUUCUUUCGAAGACGGAGAGGAGCAGGCGAAGGACAUCCAGAGCUGGAUCGCGCAGAGGUUCAUGAGCCGGAUAUGAGGACCGGAAAGGCGGAACUGUCUGGUCUGGCUGAGCACAGCAACACGCCAGAGGAGGCUGGCUACAAAAAGGGAGGAGAUACGAUUGUUUACUCUGAAAUGGGAGCUGGGCAGAGGCUGUCAGAGAUGCCUUGAGCAGUGGGUGGCUGGCCUCGUGGUUUAUAAUACUUAAUUGCAUUCGAAAUAUCUCUUUCGUCUUCUUCAAGACCACCUUC